CCUGAAUGGAGAUUUGAAUAGUGUAAUAAUAACAAUGGAAUAUUCUCUAGUAAAAUGAGCUUAAUAAUAAUCAGAUCAGUAUGAAAGAUUUUAAAAAGAAUGCUGAACAUUUCGAUUCAAUAGAAUAGAUAGACUUAGAUUGUUUACAUAACAGGGAGUUGAAAUUUUGAAGAAGAUUUAAUGUUUCUAAAGGGUGGGACUUUGCUUUAUGUUUCUGAUUGCAUUUAAAUAAUUUUCUAUAAAGUAAGUCUUUAGCUAGGGAUUUUGAUGCUUAUUCGUAAUUUAGUGUGUAUUAGAUAAUGAAGACAUUGGGUGAGAGAGGUUUUGGAAAAGUAAUGUUAGGUAGAUAUAAGCUAACUCAAGAAUAGGUUACAAUAAAAAUUAUCGAUUGAAUGCUGCUGAUAUAGACUUGGUUUUUCGAGAAGCAGAAG